UGAACUUUUACAUUUCAAUAUUUCAUCUUAGGUUGAGUCAUUUCACUCUUCUAGUCUUAUUUAUCAAUCAAUUCUUUUCCUUUUAAAUUUGGGGUUCAUCGACCCAACGUUUAGAAGCCUGAUUCUCCGGUGAAAACAUAAAUGAAGCAGCACCUUGGAAUCCAAUCCAAUGUGUCAAAUCUAAGCACAAACUUUCCAACUGCGUAGCAGUAUCAGCCCGCCACAAAUUAACGUGAUUUCUUUCGUGUAUUGGAUCUCUGUCAUUUUCAAGCACCCAUUGUUUCAGCUGAGUCUCACAGAGUGGUAGCAGUAGCACCAAAAUGGGCAUGGAAGAGGAGGAGAAGAACAACAACAACAUAGACGAAGGUGCUUCACUUCCAUCAGGACCAGACGCAAAGAAGAGAAGAGUCACCUACUUCUACGAACCAUCAAUCGGUGAUUACUACUACGGCCAAGGCCACCCGAUGAAACCCCACCGUAUGCGUAUGGCCCACAAUCUCAUCGUCUAUUACUCCCUCCACCGCCGCAUGGAGAUCAACCGCCCCUUCCCCGCCGGCCCUGAUGACAUCCGCCGCUUCCACUCCGACGACUACGUUGACUUCCUUGCCUCUGUCACCCCUGAGACCCUCUCUGAGCCAAUCUUCGCCCGCCAGCUCAAGCGCUUCAAUGUUGGUGAUGACUGUCCUAUCUUUGAUGGUCUGUUUAAUUACUGCCAGGCCUCCGCUGGUGGCUCCCUCGGCGCCGCCGUCAAGCUCAACCGCGGUGAAGCUGACAUUGCUAUUAAUUGGGCUGGGGGCAUGCACCAUGCUAAGAAGUGUGAAGCUUCUGGCUUCUGUUACGUUAAUGACAUUGUUCUUGGUAUCCUCGAGCUUCUCAAAGUUCACAGGCGUGUGCUGUACAUUGACAUUGAUGUUCACCAUGGUGAUGGUGUCGAGGAGGCCUUUUACACAACUGAUAGAGUGAUGACAGUAUCUUUCCACAAGUUUGGGGACUUUUUCCCUGGCACUGGACACAUUAAAGACAUUGGAGUGGGCUCAGGAAAGCAUUAUGCUAUCAAUUGCCCAUUAAAUGAUGGAAUGGAUGAUGAAAGUUUUCGUGGUCUGUUUCGAACCAUCAUUCAAAAAGUCAUGGAGGUUUACCAACCAGAAGCAGUUGUUCUUCAAUGUGGAGCUGAUUCAUUGUCUGGUGAUAGGUUGGGUUUCUUCAACUUGUCAGUGAAAGGGCAUGCAGAUUGUCUUCGUUUCGUUAGAUCUUUCAAUGUUCCUCUCAUGGUCGUGGGUGGUGGAGGAUAUACAAUUCGGAAUGUCGCUCGCUGUUGGUGUUAUGAGGUCACUUUCUUUCUCUUCUUGGGCAGGAUUAAAUGUGAUUUGGUACUCCUACUUUUAAUGUUUCUUAUAUAGUCACAUGCUAUUUCUUUGUUUAGA